UUCUCUCUUUCUCAUCAGGAUUCUCUUCUGUUGAAGUUUGAAGAAGAUGGCUUUGAGGCAUCAGAACUCGCCGUCAGGAAGGUUUCCAGCUUCCAGAAGUCGGCCACCAACAAGGCCGCCUCCUGCAGCGUGGUUGGAGAGAAGCUUCAGUUCCUCCUCAGCGUUGGAUCCACAGCUGAUCCCUGUAAAUACACGGCGCGUUUAGCUCCAGUAGAGCUCCAGCUUCAGCUCCACAUGCAGGAAGUCCAGGAUGAGAUCAAAGUGAGCUGGGAAGUGUCCCAUCUGGACGUCGAGGGGCUGCAUGUCGCCCCCGUCCUCACACAGGACUCUGCUAACGCCUGCAGUGCUGCAGCCCUAAAGGAGCGUCUGAGGCAGCUGCUGCGUGCGAGCCGUCCCUCUGUGCUGCUGAGCUGCAGGCCUGCUCAGGCCUCAGAGCGCAAGGAAACUCACGGCAAAGUGAUGUCGCCUCCGAAGCCCCCCCGAGCCCACGACUGGAAGCUGCUUGUGAAAAACACCCGCGUCACACUCAAUCAGGAGGAGGAUGCUGCAGGCAGCAUCAAUCCUCUGUGUGUUCUGCAGCUGGAUGAUCCUCCACAGAGGUUUAGCACAUCUGUUAUGAAGAACACAACCAAUCCUACCUGGGAUCAGCCGUUUGUCUUUGAGUUGAAUGGACGAUCAAAAGAGCUCUGUGUUCAGGUGUUGAAUGACGGUCUUCCUCCAGAAGACUCUUUACUAGGUCAGGUGUGUUUGCCUUUUGAUCUUGUGAAGAAGCACCCCAAAGGACAGCAGACGUUUGCACUAAAGACCAAAGACACAGUGACUGGAUCACUGACUACUGAGUUUACCUAUCUAGAGCCCAGCGAGGUGCGGUCCUGGCAACCUCCAACCCCAGCUGCCAGUAAGAGGGUGGAGAUGGACCGUACCGUCAUGCCUUGUGGCACCGUGGUCACCACCAUCACGGCUGUAAAGAGCAAGCCAGGGCGACCUCUGCCUCUCAACAGCACUGAGCCGACCCUGAAGACUGUCGACAGCAAGGCCAAGCUAGCUGAGCGCAGAGUUUCAGAGCAGGCGUCCAUACUGGGGGGCACAGUGAGCAAGGCCUUAUCGUCCUCUGACACCGAGCUGCUCAUGCUCAAUGGAACAGACCCUGUGGCUGAAGCGGCGAUCCGACAGCUCCACCAGUCGGCCAAGCAGAAGCUCAAAUCGCCAGUAAAGAAGAGCACCAUCAUCAUCUCAGGCAUCGCCAAAACACCCCUGUCUCAGGAUGACGAACUUUCUUUGAUGGCGGGUUACGCAGCACAGAUGGAUGCCUCGAUGUCCGAGAGCAGCUCCACUCAGGACAUGAACGCGGCCGUUGCAUCGGGUGCCAGCAGCAGUCCUCCUGAGGGGUCCGAGCCCCACAAAGGUCCUGCCGAAGUUGGCCAACCUCCAGAAGACUGGGAGAGUCAAGCUGAGGAAGCGCUGGACAACACAUCCCUGUCCAUGUGUGUAUCUGAGGCCAGCUGUAAGAAAAGCAGAGGGAGCUUCCUUCAGAAGAGUGCCAAGCUCUUUUUCCGGCGGCGCCACCAGCGCAAGGAGCCGGGGAUGAGCCAGUCGCACAACGACCUGGUGUACCUGGAGUCUCCUGCGUCGGUGGAGCGGGCCAGCAGGACCGCCACGCUCAGCCGCAUGCUCAUCCGCAAGAGUAAGAGCUAUAAACACAAGAGUAAAGCUAAUGGCUCUACUCCUGCAGCGGAUCCGCAUGUGUGACCCCCCCCUCGCCGCCGCUGCUGGUCCAUCACAACCUCCCGUCAUCACCUCCAUGUUAAAGAUGCACUGGCAAACAGUUAGGCUAACCUGCUUCCCCCCAGCACUGUGAACAGCGGGGCUAACAGCCUUCCUUCUAGCAUUCUAUAGACUGCAUGUGUGUUUACAUGUGAACAGAGGUGUACUGGUUGAUGGCUUUAUAAUAUUUAGCAUGUUACCUUUAAUCAAUUUAUUUUUUACCACAAUCGGGAAUCUUAAGUGCUUUUAUCGCCCCGGUUACGGACGGAUGGGACUGAUGCGGGCCGUCUUCCUUUACCUCACCGACGCUGAGGGUCGAACAGAAAACUCUUCCCUGCUGCGAUCCGUACAUUUCCUACGGCGGAUGGGCAGAACCAAAGAUGAGGAGCGGAGUGCUGUUUGUAUGAUUUGCACAAGUCCAGUAGUGAGUUUUCAUUGUGCGAUGAGAGGAGCCACUUCUGCACUCCUUCCUGUUUGAACUAAAGGGAGACCAUCAUCAUUAGACUACUAUUUUAACACUAAUGUUACAGAAUGAUGGUUUGAAAAUGGAUUACAUUUAUACUAAAUACUUGAUAAAAGUUUUUAAUAUUCGUUUGCAAUGUAUGCAAAAAUCUUUAACUCUCUUUUAACUUAUUUAGCCAUGAAUUGAAUAGAAAUCGGUUUCAGUUCACAUGUUGAUAAUGUAGAGUAGAAUAUGGGUUGAAUAUCAAUUUGUAACCUGAACAUGUUUUACAAGGGAGACAUCUAUAGAGUGAAUUUUGAUCCAUUAUUGUUGCAAACAGAUAAAAUGUUUAGUGAAUCAGGAAAUUAAAGUGAAAAAUGUGUAUUAAUGUUUUGAAUGAAGUUUUAUCAAAUUCUAU